UCGACAUUUGCGAGCAAAAUGGCGUCUAAAAGGCAGGAUGGUGAUGCUGAAGCGCUCAAGCAGUGCGAAGUCUAUGUGGAAAAAUAUAAUAUCCAAGCUAUUCUUAAGGACUGCAUCGUGCAGUUAUGUAUCAAGAAGCCAGACAACCCUCACAAGUUUUUUCGGGAGUAUUUUGAAAAGCUCGAAAAGGAGCACGAAGCAGAGCCGCAGGAACGCGGCGAACCCGAAGAAAAACUAGAAAUUGAAGAUCUUCCAGGUCCUGUUGGCGUCUCCAGAAAACGCCGCGGAGCUGUUAGUGCUGGACCUAUUACCGAAGAUGAAGCUACGUCCUAUGUGAAAAAGGUCGUACCGAAAGACUACAAAACCAUGGCCGCCCUGUCGAAGGCGAUCGCGAAAAAUAUUCUGUUUUCUCACCUGGACGAAAAUGAAAGAAGCGAUAUUUUCGAUGCUAUGUCUUUGGUUAAACACAGUGCAGGCGAGAUUGUAAUUCAGCAAGGGGACGAGGGCGAUAACUUUUACAUCAUUGACAGCGGUGAAGUCGAUGUGUUUGUUAGUGAUGAGUAUGUGUCUACCAUUGGUGAAGGAGGCAGUUUUGGUGAACUAGCCUUGAUUUAUGGAACACCAAGAGCAGCUACCAUAAAGUCACGAACUGAUGUGAAGCUUUGGGCCAUUGACCGAGUUACUUACCGUCGUAUAUUGAUGGGUAGCCAGAUCCGUAAGAGAAAAAUGUAUGAACAGUUCCUGGAGAAAGUCAGUAUCCUUGAAUCCCUUGAUAAAUGGGAACGUCUCACAGUGGCUGAUGCACUGGAAGCUGUUACUUAUGAGGAUAAUGAAAAUGUUGUAGUCCAAGGAGAGCAUGGGGAUGAAUUUUACAUCAUUGUUGAUGGGGUAGCUGUGGUUUUGCAGCGGAGGUCACCAAAUGAAGAUUAUAUAGAGGUCAGCCGGCUAGGACAAUCAGACUACUUUGGUGAAAUUGCCCUGGUUCUUAAUCGUCCACGUGCUGCAACAGUGCGGGCAAAAGGAACCCUUAAAUGUGUCAAACUUGACAGGCAGCGCUUUGAACGAGUGCUAGGUCCCUGUAUCGACAUCCUCAAGAGAAACAUCCAGCAGUAUAACAGCUUUGUUUCUUUAGUGGUGUAAUAGAGUUAGUGGUCAACUACAGAUUGUAAAAAUGUAGCAGUGUAACAGAUAAGAUGAUUAUGUGAGUGGUAAAUAAACUAAAAUGUGUAUACAUUAGUCUACUUGCAGGAGGUCAUGAUACUGCAGUGGUGAGUUUAGAUGCAAUAUAUCUUAGCAUGGUUAAGUUAUUAACAUAUCUCACCUCAGGCUAAUAAUAUUUUCAGUUGGAUACACUGCAAGUCAUUGCCAGUCUUGAUUAUGUUUGCCUGUUGAGGAUUUUCGACACCAUUCUUCUGUACAUUAAAGUUCUGUUUGCUUUAAAAAGUUGGAGCUCAAUCAACAGGCAAUUUUUAAAAUUAUCUUUCAUCAUAGGAAAAUUUGCCUUAUUAAAUUGAAAGGAAGAAAAUUUCUGCAAAUGUUGAUAACAAUUUAAAGUUACUCUAGAUCAAGCUAUAAAAACUUGUGUAAUUGUAGUCAUUGAAAGGAAUAAAAUACCUGGACUAUGAUUUUGAAUUUAUGGAAAGUGAGUUGAGAACCUUUAUCAGUUUGUCUUUUGAAACAGUGUUUUACCUAACCCUUUAACCCCUAAGAGUGAUGAGCAUAUAAUUUCUCAUAACAAUAUGGCCCCUUAAGUAAUACAUCAUGGUCACAAGAAUGAAGAAAAUGAUCAUCAACUGAAGAGGCUCUUGAUUGUUAUAUCAAUUCUCUUUGUCAGCACCCUAGGAAAGGUAUAGGGAACAGAGAGGGGAAUAUGCAUAUUGAUGUUAGGCUGUAAUGGGUUGAGAGUUGCCUAGUGUAACAAGAUCAUAUCCUUCUCUUCUCUCAGUUUGGUUGUUUUGUGAAUGGUGUUAAUUUAUAGUUGUAUGUGUCAAAACAUGAUAAAGAGCUAUGUAAUUAAGUAAUUGUAAGGAUGACAAAUAAACAUUGCAGUGAACUCAA